AUGCUGUCUAGAUGGUCUGAUCUUCACUUGGUCCAACAAGAGGAGAAAAUGUGGAUCGUGCUUCAUCUGCUGCUCCUGCUCCAAAGUGGAGCAUGUACAGGUGCUUACACCUUUUCCACACAGACUGUUGGACUUGGACAAAAUGCCUCUUUAACAUGUGUCCUGGAGAAUAAUUCGGAGUUUGAAUAUUUAUUUUGGCUCCGACUUGUGUCCGGAACCUUUCCUGAAGCAUUAGUCACACUGUCAUAUAUGAAUUACAACUCUGAUAAACAUGGAACAUUAAAGACCGGACCUCGCAUCACAGCCAAAAAAGAACAAGAACGUUUCGAUCUACAAUUGAAUCAAGUGGAGAAAAGUGAUACGGCGAUCUACUAUUGUUUAACAAUAAAUUUAGGUAACUGGAUGUUUUUGAAUGGGAUAUUUCUUCAAGUGACAGAACCAGAACCCUCCGUGUCUGUUGUCUCUGAAGUCCAACCAGGCCCGCCUGUGAAGUUGCAGUGCUCAGUCCUCUCCCACUCUGGGAAUGACAUCUGUCAGGAUGGACCCAAAGUGUUGUGGUUCAGAACUGGACCCGGAAGCGUCCAUCCCAGCUUUGUUUUCACUCAUGACGAAUGCAAGAAGAUCAAAGAUAACUCCUCGCAGAACUGCUUCCACACUUUCUCAAAGACCCUCAGCUCCUCCGAUGCUGGAAUUUACGUGUGUGCUCUGGUCACAUGUGGGAGGAUUUUCGUGGGAAAUCCAGUAGAAGUCAUCAUUAAAGGUAUCCCAAGAGGUCUGUUUUGGAGUGUUUUGAGUGUUGCUUUGGCCUUAAGUUUCAUCAUGUCAGCCUUCCUCAUCCACAAGAUCAGGACAAAGAAAUGUUGCUGCAAAGCUGGUCCACAAAUACUCGAUGAAACGUCCAGUUGCGUCCAGCAGAGAGACGAGGACUCUUUGGUCUAUUCUGUGCCGACCAUCGUCACCAGGAAAACUGCCAAGGCGAGGCAGACAAAAGAAAAAGCAGCAGAAGAAAUGACCACCUACGCUGACGUGUUUUUUCGAAACUGACAUCCUCCAAACGUUUUAAUACUGCAAAGAGGUUCAGGAAAUUAGCUUGUAUUGAUCUGCCUUUACAGCCACCAUAAGCUAAAUGAAAAUGUACCAGAUUUUUCAGACUAUAAGGCGCACUUAAAAUCCUUUUAUUUUCUCAAAACUCGACAACGCAGAAAAAUUUUGAUUGUGCUUACCGACCUCGAAGCUAUUUUAUUUGGUACAUGGUGAAAUGAUAUGUGUGACCAGUAUAUGACAGUCACGCAAAAGAGAUAGACGUAGACUGCAAUAUGACUCAAGUAAACACAAAUAUUGUAUGUGUUCCAUUAAAAGCCUACUGAAAUGAGAUUUUCUUAUUCAAACGGGGAUAGCAAGUCCUUUCUGAGUGUCAUACUUGAUCAUUUCGCGAUAUUGCCAUAUUUUUGCUGAAAGGAUUUAGUAGAGAACAUCGACAAUAAAGUUCUCAACUUUUGAUCGCUAAUAAAAAAGCCUUGCCUGUACCGGAAGUAGCAGACGAUGUAAGCGUGACGUCACGGGUUGUAGAGCUCCUCACAUCCUCACAUUGUUUAAAAUCAUAGCCACCAGCAGCAAGAGCGAUUCGGACCGAGAAAGCGACAAUUUCCCCAUUAAUUUGAGCGAGGAUGAAAGAUUUGUGGAUGAGGAAAGUUAGAGUGAAGCACUAGAAAGAAAAAAAAAGCUGAGUGCAGUGGGAGCGAUUCAGCUGUUAUUAGACACAUUUACUACGAUAAUUCUGGAAAAUCCCUUAUCUGCUUAUUGUGUUACUAGUGUUUUAGGGAGAUUAUAAAGUCAUACCUGAAAGUCGGAGGGGUGUGGUGACCGCCAGUGUCUCUGAUGGAAGCCAUGGAGGAGGCAAGAACGUCGCAGCUGCCUCUUUGACGCAAGCUCCGCUCAUGUCUCCGGUAAGAGCCGACUUAUUACCACAGCUUUCUCACCGAAACCUGCCGGUGGACAUGUGGUAGAGAAACAUGUUCGCUUCACAACAAACAAAGAAACACCGUGUUUUGGUUGCUAAAGGCAGCUGAAAUCCACAGAUUUCCACCAACAGCAUUCUUCUUUGUAGUCUCCAUUAUUAAUUGAACAAAUUGCAAAAGAUUCAGCAACACAGAUGUCCAAAAUACUGUGUGAUUAUGCGAUUAAAGCAGACGACUUUUAGCCUUGAAUGGCGCUGGGAUAACCAAAAACGUCACAAGCACGCGUCAACAUAAGCGUCAUCAUUCCGCGAUGUUUUCAACAGACACUUUGCGGGAAAUUUAAAAUUGUAAUUUAGUAAACUAAAAAGGCCGUAUUGGCAUGUGUUGCAAUGUUAAUAUUUCAUCAUUGAUAUAUAAACUAUCAGACUGCGUGGUCGGUAGUAGUGGGUUUCAGUAGGCCUUUAAAAAUAGAGAACAUUACACACGGUUCUCAAAUAUUCCAUCAACAUGUUUUAGUACAACUUUGGUAAGCUAUGAAGCCGCACCGCUUCAUGGAUUGUACUGUGCUUCAACAUACACAUUUUGUUAUGGUUUGUGGAUAAUGUAAGACAUAUUAUCUGGUGUUUUGUUUGACAAUAUUAUGCAAAAGCAACUUUUCUUACCUUCUGGUACCUGCUGAAGUGUAUUUGGGAUCUGCAUAAAUUCUGAAAAA